UGUUUACUUAUUCUGCUGCAAGAAAUCUUUGACGUGAGGAUGUAUAUGUUCUGCAGGAAAAUGAAACACGGAAAUAAAUUUUAAAGCAGAUGAGAUGCAUUGAAAGUACUUUUAAUUCAAUGUUUUGAGAAUUGGUACGCUGAUAAAAGGUGAAAAUUUAAUUACUCUAGACUCCUACACUGGGAAAUUUAAUUUCUAUUCACGAAAAAGGAACAACUCAAUUCUCGUAUCCAAAUUCACUGACGGAAAGAAAUUAAAAUCAUGUCUUGAACAUCAAAGUAAUUAUCACCCUCGGGAGCCCCGUGUUAUCUUGUGUUUUGAAGUGCUUAUCUCAGAUUUUUGCUUCCGUAUGUCUAUGUUGGAAUUCUCCUCUCUGCUUCAUUGCAGCAGAGAAACAGCGGAGAAUACACUGGGAAUACCCAUCUACCGACAGAGGGCGUCGUGGGUACACCAAGCAGACAUGGAAUUAGCGGCCAGUCCUGGAAUGACGGACCUUUUGACCCAGAGAACAAUCCUAGAGCAUCUGUUUCUUAAACGUCCUAUAGAAGGCGAAUUUUGGUAUGUUAUUGUGGCUGAAUGGAUAGAGCAACUAAAACGAUACAUAGGCUUACAGACAACACGGAAAUUUUAUCACCAAAGGACGAACCCUGGUCCGAUUAUCACUCGUCGGGACUAUGCACAUACUGUUGACGUAGUACACGAAGAUGCAUGGCGUAUGAUGGUACAAUGGUACGGACUAACGGAUGGCCAUAAACCAAUCAAACUUGUUGUGUAUAACUACAGACGCGGUCCUGAAAUAGAGCACAAUUUGAACUCUUUCAAAGUGAUGCUCAGUGUAUCAUCUGUUGAAGACUUUCACCAUGUCAAGUUCAGCAAGAUGGAGAAAAUCGGCCAUGUUGAGUAUAAAGUUCGGCAUUUGUACCGUAUACCAAAAGAAAAACAUUCAAGAAUAUGGGCUAAGACAGACACCGAUAGCGACUGGAGACUUCUUCUGAAUCGCGACAAAACUGUGGGAAAAUAUCUUGAUAUCGAUUCCGACUUUAUUCGUCCAAUUGUCGCUCUUGAAAUUUGUGACGAAGAAGGGAAAUGGGUAAAAGCUCCUCAAGACGCAUGCGCGGAAGAAAUUCAAGAGUGCCCAGUAGGACCUCUGUACGAACAUGACAUCUUCACGGACCUUACGAGCAGCUGGGAGGUCGAUAUCCAUGACCAGAUCGACCAUAUUGGGAAGAGCUUAGUGGAUAAUCUCCACGUCAAUUUUAACGCUUUCGUGCAAAAAGCGCGGGAAUUUGUUGACGAACGAGACUAUCAUUUGCGUCAACGAGAACGCGAUAUCUAUCGCAGAGAGUCAUUUAUUGAGGAUCUCACUGAAAAAUUGGAAAAUAAAGAAAAGGUACUAGACGCUCAGUUAGAGUCAUGUGAGAGGCAACUGAACGAAUGUGACAAACGCAGAAAAGACAUUGAGGUAGAAUGCAAGAAGCAAAGGGAAGAUUUGGAUCGCCUCGAAGAACGAAGGAGAACCGACUUUAAUGCACAGAAAGAAUCAUUUGAAAAUGAACGAGACAAGUUUCAUUCGGAAUUGCAGCGUAUGUCAGACAUGUACAAAAUCCAGGAUAGCCGCAUCAAACUGGAUAUCGGAGGUCAACUGUUUACGACAUCACUAACCACACUUAACCGUGAUCCAGACUCGAUGCUGGCGGCCAUGUUUAGCGGUCGCCAUGAACUGAAAAAAGAAGAUGGCAAUGGAAGCUACUUCAUAGACAGGGAUGGCACACACUUUCGAUACAUUCUUAACUUUCUAAGAGACAGUGAGGUCAAAGAUGGAACUAUUCCAGAAAAUCCCAACUUGUGGAGAGAAUUGUUGACGGAGGCGGAAUACUACCAGAUUGGAGGACUCGUGCACUAUCUGCAGUCUCUCCUUCACAGUCACCAACAGCGACACGAUUCUCCCUCUAGCGACACAACUUUUGUCUAAACUGGCCUUAAAAAUAAUAUAGGCUUUCGGUCUAAAUACUACCAACAACUGUAUAUUGAUCAUUCUGAAAUGGCCAACAUGAUGUUUAAUUUAUAAUGCUUACCGACUUUCGAUGUUAAUUCAUCCGGUCUGCGAAUGAAGUGUUUUUGAUUUGUUCCCGAAAUCAAUCAAACAUUUUCAGCCAUACUCUCUUGCAUUUGGUGUGAAUAAAAUGUGCAAUAAUU